AUGACGACCUCACCGUCGCCGACAACACGGCUCACCAUCAUCCUCAUUGUCCUUUCUCUUUUCGCCUCUUCAUGCAUAGCCGAAAUCAAAUCAUUAAAAAUACAAACAGACAACCGUCCCAUGAUCCUAUUCGAAAAAUUUGGAUUCACAAAUCAUGGCAUUGCCUCCAUCUCCAUCUCAUCCGUGUCCGUUACAUCAAUGCUCUCAGAAAUCGACCCUUCACACCUUGGUUUCUUCCUCCUAACCGAAGAAUCGUUACUUCAAGUCAUUUCCGAGUUCCAACAAGACCCAAGGUUUUGCGUUGUUGAUUCAAAAUUUAUAACAUUAUUGUUCACAUUUCGUGAUCUUUCACCUCCACCUCAUUCGUCGUUUAAUAAAUCGUAUCCUGUUGAUAACCCUAAUGAUUAUUUUCUUUUUUUCGCGAAUUGUAAUCCUGAAUCUUUUGUCACAAUGGACGUCCGUACCGAGUUGUAUAAUAAUGAGGGCAAUACAAGGGAUUAUUUAUCAGCUGGAUUAACUACAUUACCUUUUCUAUACACCAUUUUCUCCCUCUCAUAUAUGUGUUUUCUAGGAUUUUGGAUCGUCGAAUGUAUGAAAAACAAGCUAUCUGUUCAUCGGAUUCAUUUACUAAUGGGCAUUUUGCUUGUCAUGAAAUCGCUUAAUUUGAUAUGUGCCGCGGAAGAUAAACAUUAUGUGAAGGUUACAGGAACUCCUCAUGGAUGGGAUGUUUUGUUUUACAUGUUCCAAUUUCUAAGGGUUGUCCUAUUGUUUACUGUCAUCAUACUAAUUGGCACUGGAUGGUCAUUUUUGAAAUCAUUUUUGCAAGAAAACGAAAAGAAGGUGCUGAUGAUUGUGAUCCCUCUUCAAGUUUUCGCUAACAUAGCUUCCAUAGUAAUAGGAGAAACCGGGCCGUUUAUUAAAGAUUGGGUGACUUGGAACCAAGUGUUCUUGUUGGUCGAUAUAGUUUGUUGCUGUGCUAUCAUAUUCCCAAUUGUGUGGUCGAUUAGAUCCUUGAGGGAGUCCUCCAAAACCGACGGGAAAGCAGCUAGAACUUUAGCAAAACUGACUCUUUUUAGGCAAUUUUAUGUUUUGGUUAUUGGGUACUUGUAUUUCACAAGGAUUAUUGUUUUCGCUUUGAAGACGAUUGCAGCAUAUAAGCAUCAAUGGGUGGCUAAUGCUGCUGAAGAACUAGCGAGUGUGGCAUUUUAUGUGGUGAUGUUUUACAUGUUUAGGCCGAUUGCCACGAAUGAGUAUUUCAUUAUUGGUGAUGAGGAAGAGGAAGCUGCAGAGGUGGUUCUUAGAGAACAAGAGUUUGAACUUUGA